UGGAGAAGCUUAGCGAAAUACGGGUCCCUUUAAUUAGCAAGUGUGGCCUUUGCCGCAUAGAUUCUUACCUGGCGGAUGACCUUUCCAUCUGCUAAUGCUUGGCAAAGCUUUGAGCUAUUUCUGACUGACAUGCCAUUCUCAUCCCUGCAGAACAAGAUGAAUUGCUCCUCUGAUAGUUUACAUUUGCCAGGCUGUCCAGGGUUUGCAAAUAGAACGAGUAUUUUUGUGGAUCGUAUAACUAAACGUUUAUUUUUAAAUGUAAAUAUAUUUGCUCCACUGACUACAUUAUUCAGGAGAGUGCAGAUGUUCAUUCUGUUCUUUGCCCAUUUUUAAAGAGAGCCAAAAGGAAGUCAGAUUCUGUGAUAUAUUAAUUGCCCAUACAUUUCUUUUACGGCUUGCUUUGAUCUUGUAUGCUACAGUAUUUUUUGAAAGUGAUUUACAUGACAGAAUAUGGCCCUCAUUGAGUCCAGGCAUGUUUGGUGAAUUUCAAAGACAAUUGAAACUUUUCAGUCAAAUCUUAUCUUUUAGCCAAGGUUUUUGAAAAAGUAAAAUCCAUACAAUGAGAAUGUAAAGUCAGCUACAUGUUAAUGUGAUGAUGAAUGUCUUCUAGCUCUAAUAGUUGACAUCCAUUUUUAUUCCAACAUAUUUUGAUGAAACCUGGUUGGAGGAAAGUUAUUAAGCUCUUUCAUUUAAAAUCCCAUGCUACAAAUGGGUUCAAGGAAUUGAUGUUUCUGAAAUAUCUAAUAUUUUAGAUAUUCUUAUGAUGUGUAGAAUCUGGCUUUUGUUUGAUGCAUACAGUUUGUUGCAUACAGUUAUCUCAUUACAUUGUGGUAUUACUAUGAAAUAAUGUGAGCUUUGUACUUUGUUUAUCCACAAACUUCACAGCUUGCGAUUAGCCUAAUUUACCUUUAAGCUGAAUCUUGUCUUUUUACCAAGUUUAUUGGUAAAAUGUACAGGGAAAAACUCUGUCUUUCUGGGUUCAUUCAAGUCAGAUCAGAAUAAGAACAUACAUUUUCUUCUCUCUGUCUCUGUACAGUUAAGUGGCUUGCAAUCAUUUUCUGGCAGAACUGAGAUAAAUUCACUCUAUUUGAUUUACUCCAAUGAAUUCAAGUUUCAAACAUCAAAUUAUACUUAUAUCCAGCAACAAUGAGAUUUCUACUGGUUUUUGAUUUUGAUCAUACAAUUGUAGAUGAGAACAGUGAUAGCUGGAUUGUUAAAUGUGCACCGGGUUCAAAAGUUCCUGAUGAAAUAAAAAACUCCUAUCAGAAGGGACACUGGACGGAAUACAUGGACAGAGUUUUUAGAUAUCUGGGAGAUAAUGGAGUAAGAGAAGAAGAUAUGAAAAGAACUAUGACAACAAUCCCAUUUACUUCAGGAAUGAUCAAUCUUUUAGAUUUUAUUGGCAAACACAAAGGCUUUUUUGAUUGCAUAAUUAUAUCAGAUUCCAAUACUGUCUUUAUUGACUGGAUUUUAAAAGCAGCAAAUGUUUUUCAACUAUUCGAUGAAGUGUUUACAAACCCUGCAAGUUUUGAUAGCUUUGGCUAUCUUUCUGUAAAGAAUUGUCAUAUCCAUGAUUGUACAAAGUGCCCCAUAAAUUUGUGUAAGAGGAAAGUUUUAGAAGAAUUUUUAGAAAGCAAUUUCACGUCAAGAGUUAAAUACUCACAAAUUGUAUAUAUAGGUGAUGGUGGGAAUGAUCUGUGUCCUGUAAUGUGUUUAAAAAAGAAUGAUGUUGUUAUGCCACGCCAUGGAUAUAUUUUGGAGAAAAUGAUUUCUCAGUUAGCUCAGGAUCUUGCUCCACUGGAAGCAUCAGUUCUUGUUUGGUCUUCUGGUCUUGAGAUUCUUGCCUACUUAGAAUUGCUCAUAAAAGAAUAGUUCCCAUUUAGCUUAACAACAGCAAAUUGGUGCUAAAUUGACUUUCUCAUAGUAGAACCCUUUCUUUAUGAAUAUUAGAAAAAUCACAUUUUAUUUACAUCAUUUUGUCUUCCCUUUCCUUGUACAAAAUCAAGUUAGUAGGAUGAAUAAUUUAAUGAAGCAGAUGCCAAAAUUAUUAUUAAAUAUAAUAGUCAUCUGAACUAUUAAGGUUUGUUCUAUAAAAUAUGAUGGUAAAUUUUGUUUAAUUAUACAUUGGGCAUCCAUUUGGCCUGUGGCAUGAUACUAUACAUUCAAAUUGGCUCUUACCAAUAAGAAGGAAAAAGGAAGCAAAUCCCAUUAUGUGAGUGGAAAUCCCACUCAAAUAAUUGCUGUCAUUUGCUGCUUUUCAGAAAAAUAGCAGACCAUUAUUUUUUAGAAUUGAAAAACACUCAUAGUCCUGUAAAACUAUACAGAUCCAGGUUAUUUUUUGUAACCAAUGCAACAGUUGGUUGCAGUUUAGUGGUCUCAAACCAAAAGAAUGCAUACAUAAAAAUAAGCUCAUACCCAUUUUUCUCCUAUUUACCAAAUAUAUUCUACAUCAGUCAAUCUGGUUAAAGGUAAUGCACCAAUACAAAUAAAUGUAGGCAAUACUGAAUACUGUUUAAUACUAUCUGGUUUAACUGUCCAUAGAAGUGUUGGUUAUAUCUGCAAAUAAACCAUAAGAAUGCAAAUGAGAUGAUGCAGCGAGAGAAGUGUAUUUCUUUUCAUAAGCAAAAUACUUUAUAUGAAUCCGGUUCAAUUCUGUGCAUGUUUACUAAGAAGUAAUCCCUAAUCUAGGCCAGUAGGAUUAAUUUCUAAACAAACUGCAUAUUGAAGCCUUACAAAAAUAAUUAUGUAAAAUGAAGGGUAUGUGAGCGGCACAAAGAUAAAAUCACUGUUUCAAUCUAUUGCUAAGGCACCACAUUUAUCUUUGCUAAUACCCGCGAGGUAUAAUCUUUCUUUUUAUGUAAUUUUGUUACAAAUAUGAAGAUGUUGGAAGAGGAGGACUG